GUGUGCUACGUCCUGUCCGCGACUUAAAUAGUCGCUGUGGCCGUUGCGCAGCUCCUCUUCACUCCCUCACCCUAAUCCAUCACAACAACAAUGUCCGACUCCAACACCACAAAAGCGCAACCUUUCAAGGUCCUCAUCGCUGGCGGCAGCAUCGCAGGCCUCGGCCUCGCACUGGCCCUUGAGCGCGCCGGAAUCGACUACGAGCUAUUCGAAAAGGGUCGGUUCGCGGCGCAGCUGGGCGCGUCGAUUGGGUUCUUCCCGCACUGCCUACGCAUUCUGGAUCAACUGGGUGUGUGGAGUGAUAUCGAAAAGGUCAUCACGCCGAUUAUCUAUCGCAAUCAUUAUAGUGAGACUGGGAGGUGUUUUGAGGAGUCGGUUGCGCAGGUAGAGUUGUGGGAGCGUCUCGGCCGCCCGGUGAUGUUCAUGGAGCGCUGCAAAGUCCUCGAGAUCCUGCACGACCACGUCGCCGAUAAGUCCAGGCUGCACGCCGACAAUGGGAUCGUGGGCUACGAGGAGACACAAGAUGGAGUUAUCGUCACAACGCAAGACGGCACAACACACCAUGGGUCAAUCCUAGUCGGCGCAGACGGAGUGCACAGCUGCGUGCGCGAGAUGAUGGCGCAAAAGACUACCGACGCCCAACAAGCCAGCCAGCUCCUCGAGGGCUUCACGAGCCAAUUCAACUGCGUCUUUGGUGUCUCGAAGAACAAUGGCUUUCUCCCCGACGGGACGGUGCAUAACACGUACAACCGCGGACACUCGGGUAUUGUUGCGGCUGGGGUUCCAGGCCUGGCGUUCUGGUUCUUCUUUGUCAAGGCUGCUGCGGAAACGCGCAUGCCGAAUUGCCCUCGGUUUAAUGAUGAAGAUGCCGAAGCGGUUAUGCGCGAGUAUGGGAGUGCACAGGCUGGACCUGGCUACACGUUCCGCGACCUCUGGGACGCCCGCGUGAAGGCAAGCAUGGCUGCGUUGGAGGAGGGUGUCCUCGAGAAAUGGAGCCACGGGCGAGCAGUCUUGAUCGGCGAUGCUGUCCACAAGGCCACAAUAAACGCCGGCAUGGGCGGAAAUCUCGUUUACGAAGGCAUCGCCCACCUAACCAACACCGUAAUCCCCCUCCUAAAGUCCCACCCAACCCCGACCACCGCCGACCUAACCGCCGCCUUCAACCAAUACCAAACCCUGCACAGCCCGCGCGCAAACCUCGUCGUCACCCUCUCCGGCAAGAUCACGCGCUCCGAGGUGCAAGAUAACUGGUUCUACAAGUUCUUCGCGCAGCGCAUCAACCCGCUCGUCAGCGACUACACCAAGGCGAACUUGUUCGUGUUGUAUGCCAGCGGUGCGCCGUGGCUGGAGUACCUGCCCCUGCCGGCGAUUGAUGCGGGACUGCUAAAGAAGAAGGUUGGGGAGUUGGAGAACGCGGCGAAGAUAUCAGUGCUUGGCUCGCUGGUUAGGUUUAUGGCGGUCGGGGCGGCGGGGGCUGUUGUUUGGCAUCGCUAUGGGGGGAGUAUUCAGACUUUGGCGGGGAAUAUUAAAAUUCCGUGGUAGGUGCUUCGAGUGUAGACUUGGUGCUGUAGGAUGUAUAAUACGAUAUAAUGCAUGAUUACCAA